AUGCUGCCGCUCGCUGUCUCCCUCCGCCGCCUAGCCGGCCGCUCGGCCGCAAUGGCCAUGCGUCGCGCCGUGCCGACGGCUUCUCGCUCUUCAGUCCGCGUGUUCGCGGCCGUGCCGGGCCAUGCUUCCACGGCCUGGUACUCUUCGGCCCCUUUGGACUUUGGCACAGACGGAGCUGCUGUCGUGGAGCUGGAGGACGGCGAAGACGUCGUACUGGAACCGCUGCAGGGCUUCGUGGACCAGAAGCCCAUUGCUGACUUCGAUCUAUCGCAAGAGACACAGCGCAAUCUGGAGCGCGCCGGCGUGACGCACCUGUUCCCAGUACAGACGCAGUCGUUUGAUGUGAUGAUGAAGGGCUCAGACAUCAUGGGCCGCUCCAAAACUGGGUCGGGCAAGACGCUUGCCUUCGCGCUGCCAACCAUCGAGACCAUUUUGGCCAACCGCAAGAACACGCGCAACCCGCAGGCACUGGUGCUGCUGCCCACGCGCGAGUUGGCGCAGCAGGUGCACGACCAGGUGCAGCGCGUGGCCCCACAGCUGCGCACUAUUAACGUCGUGGGCGGCGUGUCCUACACAGUGCAGGAGAACCAACUGCGUCGCGGUGUGGACAUCCUCGUCGGUACGCCCGGCCGUAUCAUGGACCUGGUGGACAAGGGAUCGCUGUCUCUCGAAGACGUUGAUGUGUCCGUCCUGGACGAGGCCGACAUGAUGCUUAAGUUCGGCUUCCAGGAGGCCGUGGAGACCAUUCUGGGCUGGGUUCCCGACGGUGGCCAGACUCUCGUGAACAUUGAUCUUGUGGGCGACAAUGACAACCACGUGCCGGCCACUGUGGCCCACAAGGCCAUUCUCGCGCCCUCGCGCGACCGUAUCCAGGUGCUCGAAAACGUGCUGCGUCUGCACGCGCACGACGGCCAGACACUGGUGUUCACAGAAACGAAGCAGGAAGCGGACGAGAUUGCCAACUCGCUGCCUGGCCAGGACGCGCGUGCGCUGCACGGCGAUCUGUCGCAGGGUAUGCGUACGUCUACCAUGAACGGCUUCCGCAACGGCCACGUCAAGACGCUGGUGUGCACGGACAUUGCCGCGCGUGGCCUGGACAUUGCCAACGUGGAGCUCGUAGUGCAGUACCGUCUUCCCAGUGACAAGGAGAGCUUUGUGCACCGUGCUGGACGUACCGGCCGUGCCGGCCGCUCGGGCACCAACAUCGUCUUCUUCGAUCGCAACGACACCAGCGACGUGCUGGACUUUGAGCGCCGCUACAAGUUUAAGUUCGCGCACGCGGCUCCUCCUCGUCCCGAGCAGAUGAUGACUGGCGCUCUGGAGGAUGUGAACAAGCAGCUCUCGUCACUGCCCAAGGCGAACGCGCAGCUGUUCGAUGAAGCUGCUCAGGCCAUGAUUGAACAACAAGGACCGGGUGUGCUGAGCGCUGCGCUCGCGCUGCUGUGCGGCUUCGACUCGAAGAAGCUGACGUCGCUUUCCAUGCUGACGGGCCGCCACCGUAUGCAGACUGUAGAGGUGGAGGGCGUGCAGAACGCGCGUGAUCUUAACCGUCUACUAGCGUCAUUCAUGGACGACCGUGUGGACAUCCACCCUGUGGAAGGAGGCAAGCUGGUGUUUGACAUCCCGCAGGGCAAGAUAGAGGCGCUACAGGCCCAUUUGACCGCUUCGUCGCCCGAUGAGGAAGUAUCGGUGACGACCGCUGUGGAAUUCCCGCGUCUGGUCGUCGACAGAGCCGGCCGCAACAACAACAACUUCGGUGGCCGCUUUGGCCAACGUGGCGGCCGCAACAACUCGCGCGGCUUCUCGAACAACCGCUUCGGCAACAACAGACGCGAAGGUGGCAACAACCGCUUCGGAGGUAACAAGGGCGACAACAACUGGAAACGCAACGACCGCGACGGCGGCAACCGGCGCAACGGCGGCCGCGACUUUGACUCGUCCUUCUCCAAGGGCCGCUCCUCGAACCGCAACAACUUCGGCCGCUUCACCGACGGAUGGUAA